CUAUACUGUGGAGCGUUAUACGUCUCAGUGUGCAGCCUACUGGAAAUAGUUGCAGAAGAACAAGACACACAGAAGAGCAAGCACACAGCAAAUAUCAAUUGAUGAAUCGACUACAGAGGAUGAUAAAAAAUAAAACUAACACUGCACAGCUCCUGAGUGACUCAUCCUGGUGUGCUGGAGGUUCAGGGUGCAGAGUGCUGCUGCUGCUGCUGCUAUGGUUGUCCCUUCUCUGCUGUUUACCUGCCGCCAAAGCCUGUCUGCAGUGUGACCACAAGGUCAGGCGCUUACAUGAAGACUUAAGCCUGUCUGCCCUCACGAUGCAAGAACAGAUUGCUAUAAGAAACAUUUAUGACCAAGCUUAUGUGAGAUACAGAGAGAGCAGCAGCAAUCGAAGGGGAGUAAUUGAUCUCACUACCCUGUACAGAGCCAGAACAGAGUAUGAGAAUGAAUUUAAUCGCUUUUUCAUACCCAACACCAGGGGUUCUCUGUCAUCUAAAGCCAUUCAGAUCAUGGAGAUGGGCCGGAGGAUCUUAGAAAAACACUUGGAUUCCUUCAUCAGUCAUCGACUGUGCCCCAACCAGUGUGGGAUUCUGAAAAGAAGAGUACUAGAUUGUGUCACUUGCCGCCACAAGAUCUACACCUGUGUGUCUCCCUCUGGCCAGUGGGACUGUGGUGAGAUCUCAAUACAGGCUGAGGAGGGAGACCAGGCGGUGUUGGACUGUUUUCUUCCAUGGCAUCCUCUUCUUUUGGGAAAACCAAAGUACCACUUCUUCCGGGCCCCAGGAGAGCCACAAAAUAAAACGCUGAAUGAGAGCGACUUCAGAGCCUUGGUGGUGACAGAUGACUCACAUGUGGUCUUAAAUCAGUUGCAAGUGAAUGAGCAAGGAACAUACCGCUGCUCUCUGAAGGCCCAAAAUGGAAGCAUCUUCUACCAAGUUACUUUCCUGCUCACUGUCACCUCUGCACCCAAUGAAACUGACCAACGCAUUGCCACUCUGCCCGCUCUGCCACAUGUGGAUGAUAUACCUUCUAAACUGAGUGAGGACCUGCUGGUGUAUGUCAUCACCAUUGUCACUUUUGUGAGUGUAGUAGCGAGCAUUUGCCUCACAGUUGUCCUUGGAAUGAUGAUAAAUUAGAGGAGGAACUGUGAAUGACAUAGAAGUGGGAAAGAAACCACAUGAAACACAGGAUUAUGAAAAUACUACAUGCAGUAAAUAUGCACUGUCAUGACUGCAAUGGACAGCAGCCAUUUUGACAGGUAACCGCAGCAAAACCAUGGGUUCUGAGCCCAUCACAUUAACAAUAGUUCGGUUUAAUUCCUUUUAAGUCAGGACUGUGUAACAGCUUCACUCUGCAUACUCUCUAAACUGAGAGGCAGCAGGAGACAUGCAGGCAGCCACAGUCUCAGUAUAAACAUGUCUGCAAGUGGGAACAACUGAAGAUUUUAGCCACUUAACAAAAAGCUCACCUAAUAAAAAUCUAUGACAACUUAAGUUUGCACUGUCUAAGAGUACACUUGCUGUUUUAUCUUGUUGUCAGACAAUCUUUUCUGACAGAAAACCAAACCUUGUGGCACUUUCUCUCUAUGUCACACCAAAUUCCAAAGAUUUUACAUCAUGGCUCAAAAGUGUUGUUGAUCUUGUUGCUGCUUCCACCUGUUCAAGGUCACAUGUAUAAUCUGGUAACUCUGCUUUUGGAAAAAA